AUGCGACAAGAUAUAGCUCCAGAAGAAUGGAUUCGUCUCGACCGUGAUCAAAGCUUCUCGCAAUGUGAUGAUCCAGUGAAGAGUGACGAGCAGACAUGGCGAUCUGAGAAUGUUGACACACUUAUCCUCUCCAUCGGCACCGCUCUCCCAUCAGAUGCUUGCUCGCAGAGAGACUUCGUCGACUCCUACUUCAGCGAGGCGGAGGAGCACGGGCAAGCUCUCAUCAAGCCAAAGAUGCGAAAACUUUCCGUCUUCGCCUCCAACACUAGCGAGGCCGGAGCUGACAUCCACCUCGCCAAGCUUCUCAAUCUCCGCCACGACGUCCAGAGGCUCGCCAUCUCCUUCCAAGGCUGCGCCGCCGGAGGAACGGCACUCCGGAUCGCUAAAACCAUCGUGGACAGCUCUCCGGGAGCGCGUGUCCUCGUCGCAUGCUGUGAUAUCACAUCGCCGCACAUCGAUCGGCAGAACGAGGAGGACCUCCGCGACGUGUCGAUGAUGAUCAGCACGGUUCUUUUCGGCGAUGGAGCCAGCUCCGUCAUCGUCGGCUCCAGCUUCUCUCUCGAGCUCCAGGAAAAACCACUCUUUGAGAUCUCCUCCGCGGCUCAAGUUCUAGUCCCUGACACCAGCGAGCACAUCACGAUCAAACUCCGGCCCAGCGGCUUGCACGUAGAUCUCUCGCGGGAGGUGCCUCGAGCCAUAUCCACCAACAUUGCCCAAGUUAUGUCUCGAGUUCUUCCGGGCUUCCCGUUCUACAACGAUUUGUUUUGGGCUGUUCAUCCGGGCGGACCAGCGAUCCUGGAUGCUGUCGAGCAAGCUUUGGAGCUCGAUCGCCACAAGCUUGCUGCGAGCAGACACGUUCUUGCCGAGUGUGGAAACAUGUCCUGCGCGGCGUGCCUCUUUGUGAUUGACGAGGUGAGAAGACGAGCGGUGAAAGGUGGCGAAGAUCCAUGCCGGUGGGGAGCUCUUGUGGCAUUUGGACCGGGCAUGACAGUGGAAGCCUUUCUGCUCAAACGCUGUCAAGAAGAAAACGUUUGAGCAAAUGGUUUCCAGAGAAAGCA